AUGUCCUUUCUAUCAGUCCCUUCGGUUGAAGAAGUGAGCAAAUGGAAGCGAGCUCAGGUUCUUACGUUUUUACGGUCCAAAAAAGACGAGCUGGACCUCGAUGAUAAGCACAUCAAAAUCAUUGAAGACCAAGAAGUCGCUGGUCGCGCCUUCCUCGAGCUGACUGCGGAUAAACUUAUGCAAGACGGGCUAAAACGAGGGCCAGCUGAAA